GAGGUGGAAGGAUUUGGGCAGGCCUUCGUUGUGUCUGUAGAACAAAAGCUUGAUUGGGCCGAUAUUUUCUUUUUGACCACACUUCCCAUUCAUCUACGCAAACCCAAUUUGUUUCCGAUGUUACCUCUGCCAUACAGGUUCUGCCAUGGAUCGCUUAUCUCCCGAAGACAAGGGUGUAGUGGAAGUACCCGCUUGGCUGUCCGAAGUAUAUACCGAGGACAUUCUCAAGGUUGUGGAGGCCAAGAAGAAGGACUCCUCCAAGAAGUCCAGUGAGGGUGCCUCUGGCGACGCCGCCAAGGAACCCAUCUUGCCGGCUACUAAGAAGCGUCCGACAUCGUCGACGGAGGCUCCUAAGCCCAAACGACCCUUCUUUAAGAAGAUGGGUCCGGCCGACGCUGUUACCAAGCCGUCGGUACCAAAACCGUCCGCUCCCCCAGCUGAGGGGGAGGUUCCUCCUAUCCAGACGCCCAUUCCUCCUGCUGAGCAAAAGGAGAUUCCAUCCCAGAUGGACACCGAAAUGGAUGGUUCUGCCGGAGCAGCAACUGACGAGGCAGCAGUCGAUCAGACUGCGGCGGCUGACGCCCCCGCCUUGUCCAGAGAGGACAAGGGUAAAGGCAAGGAGACUGAGGCUCCUUCUACUGAUAAUGCCUCUACUACUCUUGCAGCUUCGCCAAUUGUUGAGAUGUUCAAGCGGAUGCGUCGGGCCGAGGUGGCAAGCAUCCCUCCUUCUGCCGGUUUUAGCUCAGAGGCGAAGGAUUAAAUCCUUGGCGAUGUGUAUGCGGCCAUCCCUGAGGAAUACGUGAGGUCACUCCCCGUGAUUGACUUGGGAUUCUUUAGGUCCAUUCAGUCUCUCGUCCUUGAUGUGAGACACUUACCCCUGGAUUCCUGUGGUUAUGAUUAUGUGUACGUUAUUUUUUAAUUCUAUAUUGUUUUUGGCAGCUUUUCAUUCGCUGUGCCGAGAGUAGGAACUACCGCUUUGAUAUGCACAAAGAGAUGCUCAAGCACAAGGACCAGAUCGAGAAUCAUGAGCAAUAUGCUGAGAAGACGGCCAGGUUGAUCAACUUGGACGCGGAUAAGAAGAUUGCCCUGAAGAGGGAAGAGCUGAAGAAGGCCGAGGAGGACGCUGAGAAAUAUGAAGAGAAGCUGCGAGAACAUGAGGGGCGACUUGUCGAGCUGAGGAAGGAGUGCUCUUCCGUCUUAGAACGGGUGACUGACUUCUCUUCCAAGGUGAAUGCUCUGAAAGGUCAGCUCAAGGCCAUGCAGGGGAAGAUCGAGGCCGUGCGCAAGGAGGCUGCAAGCUCUUUUAAGUUGGGCGAGGAGUCCAUCUUGGAAAGUGCCCAAAAGGCGUGGGAUCAGUCUAUGGACGGGAAGGAUUUUUCCUGGUUCAAACGCCGUAUCUCCCACCAGAUAGCUGUUUCGACGGCUAGGUGCUUGGACUUAGAUCCUCCCGAGUUUGUUAGUGACGGGGAGGAAGACGUCGAAGAAGACGAGGUGAACUCCCCUGAAGGCCAAGACGUCCAGGACGGGAGUUCCAUUUCCCCUCUUCCUUGAGCAGGUUUUCUUGCAAUUGGUUUAGAUGACGCCGUGGGCGUUUGUAAAACUUUGGUGCCUUCGGGCAUUUAUUUGAUUUGGUUUGUUUGCGCUUUGGGCGCUAUGUAUAAACAGUCUGUGCCGUUGUGCACUGUAUUUUAAUUCUAUCAGUUCGGUACUGAUUUCUUAAA